AUGUUCCUACCUUCGUCAUCAUCACAAAUAAUCCCUCUAAUCAUGCACAAUCAUCAUCAUCCUUCUUCUUGGACAACUUUGCUACGACCUCAAUCAUUCCACCACCACACCACAACCGCUUAUAACCGUGUCCUUCAAUGCCCAACCGGAGACCAUGACCCCUUUUUGCUUCCUCCUCAGCCACAAACAACAUCUCCUUCUUCUUGUUCUUCAUCACAACGUGGUUUGUUCAAACGGGUGGUGGAUGGCUUGCAGUUUGCAUACGAGGGUACUACUACUACUACUACAUCGCCAUCAAUUGAUACUAGUAGUGUAGUUCCACCUGGAUUAAUAUUAUCAUCAUCAGUAGACCCGUUUGGGAUGCAUAUUGUUGAAACAAGUAAGACUAAUAUGAGUGCUCAAGAUAUUGUAGAGGCUAAAGCUAUAGCCGCCUCCAAAAGCCAUAGUGAAGCUGAAAGAAGGCGUCGGGAACGAAUUAAUAAUCAUCUUACCAAGCUUCGCACCUUACUUCCCAACACCACCAAAACAGACAAGGCCUCAUUACUAGCUGAAGUGAUACAACAUCUGAAAGAGCUCAAGCACCAAACGUCUAUAAUAGCGAAACAAAGUCUAGUCCCAACAGAGAUGAACGAGUUAACUAUAGACAACACAUUGGACGAAGAAGGUCGGAUUGUGAUCAAAGCAUCGCUAUGUUGCGAGGACAGGUCGGAUCUCUUGCCAGACCUAAUCAAGACUUUGAAAAUGCUUCGACUACGAACCUUAAAAGCUGAGAUCACAACACUAGGAAGGCGUGUUAAGAAUGUUUUGUUUGUAACAAGUGAAGAGGAUCCCUCGAUGAUUAGUAACGAUAACAAUCAAACGGUGAAUCAUUGGAUAAGCCUCGUUGAAGAAGCGUUGCAAGCGGUUGUUGAGACAACAGACAAUAAUAUGAAUGAUUAUUCCUCUUCUUUUACUGGGGUUAAGAGGCAAAGAACAAAUAACAAUAUUGGUAUCUAUUAGUAUCAUAGAUCUCUUGAUUCAUCAACCUAAUUAUAGGAUAAUGACAUGUGAAAAAAUCAGGGGAUAAUGACAUGUGAAAAAAUCAGGGGUCAAGAGUAGGAAAGAGAAACUAAUGAAAUUAAUCCACAUGUCAAAUUUUUAAGGUUUUAGGUUGCUUUUUAGGCAAAUUAUGAGUUAGGUUGAUUAAUUAUUUUCCAUAACAAAAAUAUUGUUUGUUCAUAUUUUUCUUUUGUCAUGUUUUCAGAAAGUAUAAGAAAACUUCUGACUACUGAAAUGAAAAAAGGGUGUGAACAAAGAAUAUUUUUGUCGUAGUUGCAAUAUAACGAAAAGAAUGUAAGUUGGUUUUGUUUUGAAAUAUGUAGUCUUUGUUUGAUCCACUACUACAAAAGUGGGCAUUUGUUACGGCUCAUUAUACACGGUAUGGAAAAAACUGUGUAAAAAUGUAAAAAGCGGAAACUUUAUUGGUUGUUGCUUUUCUUUGAUUUUGGAGUCUUCUCUACUUUAAGAUACAUGUACAUGUAUGUAUUUGUCCACUUGAUCAGCA